AUGAAGGGAAGCCAGAGUCAUGAGUUCGAGACUGAUGUCCCAGCCUCUGAGCUAUGGGAAGUAUAUGGCACGCUUCGUGUGGGAGAGUUGGUGCCUGAAUUGCUUCCGCACAUCUUCGCAAAGGCUGAGCUCGCCAGUGGAGAUGGUGAUGUCGGCACAAUUUGGCGGCUGACAUUUGCUCCAGGCAUUCCUGGGCUAGAGACCUACACGGAGAAACUUACCAAAGUUGACAAUGAAAACUACAUCAAGGAAGCAGAGUCAAUCGACGGAGACAUUAUGAAGCUCGGGUUCCUCUACUACAUGGUCAGGUGUGAGAUCAUUGGGAAAGGGCUCACGUCUUCGGUGAUAAGAUCAACUAUUGAGUAUGAGAUCGAUGAUGGCCAUCCCGAGCUUGAAGCUAUGGUCAGUACUGCAAUUUUGGCUGCAGUGGCUGAAUCUUUGUCAGGCUAUAUCAAGAUGGAGAAGAUGGCUCACAGUAGUUCUUGAAAUUGCUACCUUGCAGCAAAAUGUAUCUGUACUUU